CUCCCCACCUCCCCACCUCGCUCUUGCUCUAAUUGAUCCAAUCAUCUCUAGGCCACGCCCGCCGCAGAGCACUGUCGGGAGGCGGGGCAUAUACUGACACAUUCUGGCGCGCCCAGGUCACCUGACGUCCCACGUUAUUAGUCAUCGGACGUGCAUCCGGGUCCGCGCUAGAAAAGCCGAAGAUUCCGUCGCGCGAGGCUCUGAGAGCAGCACAAACUGCGGUCCCCGGGAGGCGUCCCUGGAUCUCUGAGGACUCGCCCAGCGCCGCGCGGUCCUUUGCCGCUUCUGCCCCAACCCGCCUCGCCUACCAAAGUCCUCAAAGAGGACUUCGCCGCCCGCUCUCCCCAUGUCCUCUGCUAGGCCCAGGAGCGCCUUCCACAGCGCCGUCGAGGUGAUGGGCAGCCGGCCCCGCAGCCCCAGCGCCUGCCCUGCGCCCUGGUGGGGGCAGCAGCCGGGAGGACCCGGCCCUGCCAAACGUCUCCGACUGGAGGAGCCCGCGGGUCCCGAACCCCGCGUGACGCCCAGCCUGGAAGACCCGGUGGGGAUCCCGGCCGUGGGCGCGGUCAUCUCCGUGGUGGUCCUGGCCACAGGCUGUGCCCUGCGUGUGCCCCUGGACACCGUCGACCUGGUGCUGGAGCUCCCGCCGACAUCGAUCCUGCGAGUGUCUCUCGGUGGACACAUCCUCAUCCUGAUCCCCGAGGUCCUCCUGAGCUCCGUUGACGAAUGCUCAGGAGCGCAGGGCGACUCGUCUGCCGGCCUGGAAGUGGACGUUUUCCUGGGCGCUCUCAGAGAGGACGUCGUCGUCGAGCAGGAAGUCUUCUGCGCAUCUGUCCCAGAGAUCGCCGCCCAGGAAGAGGCCUACGAGGAGGAGGCGGACCCCGAGUUCCCGGAGCUCCGGAUGGACUCCCCAACCGGCUCAGCCGCUGGGCUAUACCCCUUCGCUAGUGGUGUGUUCAGUCUCUACCGGGAGGGCCCCAUUCCAGGGCCCUGUGCUCUGGCCCCCAACCCCAGUUCAGAGAGACUCUCUCCACGCCCCAUCUUCGACCCAGAAUUCCACCUUCUGGAGCCUGUCCCCAGCUCACCUCUCCAACCUCUACCUCCCUCUCCGCGCGUGGGGAGUCCAGGUCCCCAUGCGCGCCCACCUCUCCCGGAACGCCCCCCGUGCAAGGCCCGCAGACGACUGUUCCAGGAAUGAACUGCUUCCCACAAUCCCUUGCCACCAGCUGCGGGUUCUUGUGGAUCCUCCAAGACUCACUUUGAGGACUUGCCACCGCCCAGAAAUGCAGCAUCUUCAUUCGUCGACAGUGGGCAGUUGGAUUACUGUUGUUUGGGUGGGUGGGUUGGUUGGCUGGCUGGUUGGUUGGUUUCUUGGCAGAAUUCCUUGGUAAAUGGCAAGCAAGGACAUGAAAAAAGAAAAGCAGAUUCUGGCAAGCACCUUUACCAAGAAGAGUAGACCACACAUAACCAGUCAUAGAUUUUCAGAUCCAUUGCCUUUGCUGCAGGAGCUGUUACUUCUGCCUUUAUUGCAGGAGCUGUUACUUCUGCCUUUGUCCCCUUCAGCCAACUCUAUCCUCAGUUUCACCCCUACUCUUGCUUAAAGCUCCCUUCAGUGUUCUUUCAAAUUCCCCCCUUUUUUUCAUCACCUCCCUACACCUAUCCGUUCUCUCCAAUCCAGAUCAUUGUCUUUCCUUCUUUUUGCAGUUAUGAAUUUACCUAUACGAUUUUCUCCCAACAUCCUCUGAGGUGCUUCUGAUCACUGAUUUUACUUUCCGCUUGCUUUCCUUAACUCCUUUUCCUGGUCCUGGACAAUCAAGAUAAAUGCAUAUUAGAUUAGAUAGCAAACAAACAACAUUCAAAUGUAAUGAAUGCUCUGGACCUUUUGGAAGUGUUUCUACAAAUAAGAAUUUAAGGGCCCAGCGCGGUGGCUCACGCCUGUAAUCCCAGCACUUUGGGAGG